GCCGUAAGGCCGGACAAACACGAUGGGAGAUGUAGUCCAUUUAUCUUAGAUGAAAAUAAAAAUUUGCUACUACUCCGUUGCACAACAAUUGGAACAGUUAGUUGGGUGGGAAAUGGAAUAUGUGCAUUGCACGAAAUUGGAAGAGGCUAUUUAUUUUUCAAUCGGCAGGUUAUUCAGGGCGUUGAACUGGUCAGGCAGAGGCGGCCGGUGGACUGGGUCCUGCUGCUAGAGGAGGUGAAUGGCGGCGGCGCGACCGGGGACCAGGGGGACACUGAUCUUGCAGUAGGUUGCAGGUUGCUAUUGGCAUCGAGAAGAGAAAAGAUUGCACAAUAGUUCCACAAACUGAAAAACUGUCGGCAUGCUGAGGUCUUGUUGGACGGGCAUCUCAAGGUUUUACAUGGUGCCCCCUUGUAACGCUUGUGCAAGAAGACUACAACAGUUUCAUUUACCACGAUUUUAUUCCGUAUUCAAUCGAGUUACUCUUCAGAAACUGAACAAUCGUUCAUCUCAACAGUCAGUGAGAAGUGUGAAUGGCCGUAAUCCCUUCACUAGAAAUCAGGAAGAGCAAUGGAGAAAGAGGAAUAAAACUGCACUUACUUACAUAGCAGCUGCAGCGAUUGGGAUGAUUGGCGUGUCAUAUGCUGCUGUACCUCUCUACAGACUUUAUUGCCAGGCUUCAGGACUAGGAGGGACUCCAGUAGCUGGUCACAACAUGGAACAAGUGGCCACGAUGGAGCCUGUGAAAGAUCGAGUUAUUAAAAUUACUUUUAAUGCUGAUGUUCAUUCCAGCCUGCAAUGGAACUUUAGACCUCAGCAAACUGAAAUCUUUCUUGUUCCUGGUGAGACUGCUCUAGCAUUUUAUAAAGCAAAGAAUCCCACUGAUAAGCCAAUUAUCGGAAUCUCUACCUACAAUGUAGUGCCGUUUGAUGCAGGGCAGUACUUUAACAAAAUACAGUGUUUCUGUUUUGAGGAGCAACGGCUAAAUCCCCAUGAAGAAGUGGACAUGCCAGUCUUCUUUUACAUUGAUCCGGAGUUUGCUCAAGAUCCGGCAAUGGCACGUGUGGAGACAAUCAUUCUCUCUUACACAUUCUUUGAGGCAAAGGAAGGUCAAAAGCUACCUUUACCAGGAUAUAAUUAGCACAGUAUUGCUAUAAAUAUUGCAUUCAUUCAGCAAUGUUCCUUUAAAUAACGCGUCCUUUGGUGAGCCGAUGAAGAAUCCUUACUGUUGUGAUUGUUAAAAUUAGAUGAUCAACAAAAGAAUCAAAGAGCAGAGAAUUGUUCUGUGAGCAGAAUGACUACAGAAGUAAAUUUAAAAUGAAUUACGGGGGAAAUAAACAGCUUUCCAAGGACAAAGCAAAUAUCAUGGAAGGAACCUGGGAUCUAGUUUUGCAAUAACAUAUAAUUAUUAACAUUUCACUUAGUGACUUGGUUUAUAUUGUGUCAAGAUGAUCAAGAUAAUUUAUUUAAGAAGGAACUGCAGAUGCUGGAAAAUCGAAGGUAGACAUAAAUGCUGGAGAAGCUCAGUGGGUGAGGCAGCAUCUAUGGAGCGAAGGAAAUAGGCAACGUUUCGACCCAAGAUAAUAAGUGAUUGAGAUCUGCACAAUAACAACACUUAAAAAAACAUUUGGACAAGUAUGUAGGCAGGGAAGGUUUAGUGGAAUAUGGGAAAAAUGCGGUGCAUGAGACCAGCUUAGGUGAGGCAUCUUGACGAGUUGGGUUGAAAGGCCUGUCUCUGUGCUCUAUGCCAAUGAUUCGAUGAAAGGUUUACUAUUGAAUGCCAUAAAGGCACAAUGUGCUGGAGUAAUUCAGCAGGUCAGGCAGCAUCUCUGGAGAACAUGGGUAGGUGGGUGAAAGUUUGGGUUGAGAUUCUUCAGACUCAUCCUUAGUGGUGGUCAGGUAAGUAAUGAGACGUUGAUUGUUGAUUGAAUCCAUGUUCUCCAGAGAUGCUGCCUGACCCACUGAGUUACUCCAGUCCUUUUUUUGUAAACCAGCAUCUGCACUUCCUGUUUCUAAACAACUGUGUAGGAAGGAACUGUAGAUGCUGGUUUAAACCGAACAGAACUAAUGUUUCAGAUUGAAGAGCCAUUUCUGCUUCAGUUUCAGAUUCCCAACAACUGCAGCUAUUUAUUUUCCAACAAAUAUAAAAUAUGUUUGCGUAACAUAUGUAACAUAGAGCUAUGUUUCAGGAAGAAUAAAGAAAAAAAGAUUCCUGUACCAAAAGAAGGAAUGCACAGAAAGGAUGACUAAUAAGACAUCUUAAGCAGAGAUGCCCAUGUUCAGUGAGAUCAAGCCUUGACAAAAGCAAUAAUUAAAACUUUAUAAAUACUUACUAGCUGUCUGAGGUGUGUUGUGCUGAUAAUUACUGCAAGUGAAAGAGAAAUGAAUCAGUUCAGGGUCAGAAUUAGUCUUGUAGAUGUGUUUGUGCUGAAUUAUAAAGAUAAAACCUCCAGUUACCAAACUCCAGAAAUGCUGCUUGAUCCGCUGAAUUACUCCAGCACUUUGUCUUUUUUUUUUGUAAACCAGCAUCUGCAGUUCUUUGUUUCCACUAUUAAAUGCUGUUUUCUUUAUCACAGUGAAUUGCAUCACUUUUCUAUUUUGUCACCUCCAUUGCCCACUUGAGGGGACGGCCUUGAUCUCAUAUCCAAAGAAUAGCAAAAGAAUCUUCUGGGAUAGCUUUUCUCUCACCUUAUUGAAUGUUCCUAGAAAUCUGACUUGGGUCUUGUCUUGAAUUCUGUUGCCUCCAAUCUCGUAACUGCAUAAUGCAGAUUCAGGUUCAACAUGACAUUCCCCCUCCCACACCACCCCUCACAAUGUACCUGCUGUUCUUUCUAAAAGGGCAAGCAAGAGUGUUACAGAAACAGGGUCUCCAAAAGUGUAGCAAUCUCAGUAUUUCAAUGGAGUAACAUUGGUCUGCAAAAUUCUGGAAUGGACCCACAAGUGAUUGACUCCGAUGGGAGUGCUACCAAUUGAGGCGCAACUGACCAUCACGUGACAUGUCUCAAAUUAUCCAUAUCAUAUAUCUCAGAAUAAUUUCUGAAAAUAAAUUGUCCAAUUUCAUGAGAAUUCAUCAAACUUCUACCUCAUCCUACAACAUGGAAGACGUAUUGACACAAGAGAGGUGGUGACGGAGAUGUUUCUGAGAGCUUGACUGAUGUGAAUUAUUUGCUUGAUGUCAAUAAAUGCAUUUCAGUAAACAUAGUUUGUUUGAUCGUGUAUUGGGAUUCUAAUGGACAGUCCUGGCUCGCCUUGGGUGAAAUUCCACUGUAAACUACAUUGUGUAAUUAAUUCAAAAACAUAAAGGUUUAUUGCCAAGCUUGAGAGCUUAGUGGAGUUCAGAAAAUUCUCACCAGCUUUUUGAGAACCUCAUUGUAUAUAAAUAUGAACAUGCUUGAAAAUAUGGUACAACUGCCUGUUUAUAAUCCUAUUUAAAUUACAACCAAACUAUGAAUUAUUCAUUUUUUUAAGGGAAUCAACCUGUCAAAUGUGGUGAUAUUAGGGGGAAAAUAUUUUGGUUUUAGGAUUAAUAUGAUGCAAAAUCUGCAGUUUUAUUGUUGAUAGCUGUAUUUUAUACAAUUCAAUUAAAGACUUUGUGAUUCAACCAA